UUCAACGGUGGUUCAUAAAAACAACUGUCAUUUCUACACCUGAUUUUACGGGAAGAGGGAUUAGACGGUUUUAUCUUAUCCAAGUAAAAAACGUAAAUGGAUGGUCACCAAAUAAAUACAGUUGUACAGCGUGUACUUACCAGAUAAGAGAACAAUCAGCGAAAUGUCGGAUUCGGUGCCAUCUCCACAAAAUCCGGAACCUUCAUCAUCAACCGUGACCCUGGUGGAAACUGAUGAACAGGAUCACACGGUUCCUAGGGUAACUGUGAAACUGAAAAAGCCAAAAACAGAUAGAAAAGUUAACUGGACAACAGACACUGUAGAUAAUGAAAAUUUAAACAAGAAGAAAUCAAAAUGCUGUUGCGUUUACAACAAACCAAAAAAAUUUGCUGAAAGUUCGGAUUCAGAUAGUUCCGAGGAUGAAUGCGAUCACUGCAAGGGUCACGUAGAAAAAAGGAAAAAAGGAGUUGACAACAGUGUUGCUCACGGUGACGUUCUCGACUCAGCUGUUCCAGUCGCAUCUGAACAGAUUUAAAUCAAUGAUUUGUAUAUAUAUCUUUAAGGUGUAAUUUUAUAUUUUACUUAUUUAUUAAUAAAUGUCCUGAAACCUGUAUAUGAAAAGGAAACGGAAAGGAUAAAUUAAAAGUCUUUUA